AUGAGCGCCUCAAACAGUGAUCCUCUCUUCCACCCGGACAAGUCCUGCACUCGUCCAGGAACCCCUUUCGCCGGCACCACACUUGUCCUGACCUUCGACGGGUCGUGCACCAUCUUGCAGCAGCGCUCCCCUGCCGUCGAAGGGUGUGAUGCUCACUGGGCACGGGAGCUGUUUGACUGGAUCCUUCGUGCCGGCUUCUCUGACGUCUGGCUCUUGACUGGCCUGGACUCAGCCGUGCGUGUCGACACCGACCUCCUGACCGAUGCCAAGAUCUAUUUCAGUGCGACCCCACUCUGGAUGGCCCGGAUGGCCGAGAACCCGCACCUGUCUUUGCUGGCCUCCUCUUGGAAGCCGACCGGCAUGCUGGUCGCCACGCCGCCGACCCCGGAGCAGCUCGACCAGGCGCGAGCCGGGGCCCUUGCCGAGGCCAGCGCCCUGUGCCAGGCCGAGAGCGCCGCUUCGGCCAGUUCUCCGGCCCCUGCCACUGUGGGGUCCCCCUCGGCCGGCAGCCAUACCGGCGGGACCACGCCCACCGGCACGUCGGUCCUUUCCAAGAUGCUCUCUCUGUCGGCCGCCUACAGCGGCAUUUCCCCGGUCUUCUUCGGGCUCGAUGCCACCGCUGGCCGGGGGCCCACCACCAGCGCCGACCGGGAGCUCCUCGAGCAAGAUGCCAAGCUCCCCACUGGCAGCGGCUUCUCCCAGUACAUCCUCCAGCGGGCGGCGCUGCUGUCGGCACAUGCGGCUUCCUCCGGCCCCGAGGGGACCUCCUCGAUCGCCAGCGACGAGGCCAAGGGGGGGGCCGCCACUUCCGUGGUGACCCCCCCGGCUGUCGUGGCCUUGGCCCGCUUCACGGCCGACGGUGACAACAAGUCUGACGCCUACAUCGUGGCCACGGCCGUGCAUGCGGCCCUCUUCGCCGCGCCGGACGCGGCCAAACGCAAUGUCGGCCCGGGUGGUGGCUUUGUUGAGACUUCGCUUGCCUGGCCACAGCCCUUCAGCUGGCGGCAGCUUUAUGGUUCCCCCCUGCCCGAUGCUCUCUUCACUUGA